UGUCCGAGCACGGAAUCAGACAGAGCAGUGAUAACUGAUAAAACUGUUGAUUAAGGAAACAAGAAGGCUGCGUCAGUCUGCAAUGGAAUCCCUAGCCGCCUCGACAUUCUCGCCCUCGCGCCUCGCCGCCCACCCCGCCCGGGCGGCGGCGGUCCCGGUCAGGGCAAGAGCGGUGGCAGCAGGAGGGAGGAGGAGGAGGAGCGGUAGGGGGAGCAGCGGCGUGCGGUGCUGCGCCGGGAGCGCGAGCGCGGUGAUCAAUGGGAGCGCCGCGGCGAAGGCGGAGGAGGAGGACAGGCAGCGCUUCUUCGAGGCGGCGGCGCGGGGGAGCGGGAAGGGCAACCUGGUGCCCAUGUGGGAGUGCAUCGUGUCCGACCACCUCACCCCGGUGCUCGCCUACCGCUGCCUCGUCCCCGAGGACGACAAGGACACCCCCAGCUUCCUCUUCGAGUCCGUCGAGCAGGGGCCCGAGGGCACCACCAACGUCGGUCGUUACAGCAUGAUUGGAGCCCAGCCGGUGAUGGAGAUCGUGGCCAAGGAGAACAAGGUCACCACCAUGGACCACGAAAAGGGCACGGUCACGGAGCAGAUCGUGGACGACCCUAUGGAGGUUCCCAGGAGCAUAAUGGAGGGAUGGCACCCGCAGCAGAUUGAAGAGCUCCCUGAAACCUUCAGUGGUGGAUGGGUUGGGUUCUUUUCCUACGAUACGGUCCGUUAUGUCGAAAAGAAGAAGAUACCCUUCUCCGGUGCUCCUCAGGAUGAUAGGAACCUUCCCGAUGUUCACUUGGGCCUCUACGAUGAUGUUCUUGUCUUUGACAAUGUUGAGAAGAAAGUAUAUGUCAUCCAUUGGGUAAGUCUAGACCGCCAUGAAUCCACUGAGCAAGCAUACCAAUAUGGCAGGUCCCGGCUGAAGCGGUUUCUUUCUAAAGUUCACAACUCGAAUGUGCCCAAACUCUCUCCAGGAUUUGUGAAGCUGCACACUAAGCAGUUUGGUACAGCAUUGAACAAAUCAACCAUGACGAGUGAUGAGUACAAGAAUGCUGUUCUGCAGGCCAAGGAGCAUAUUCUGGCUGGUAAUAUUUUCCAGAUUGUUUUAAGCCAGCGCUUUGAGAGGCGAACAUAUGCCACCCCUUUUGAGGUUUAUCGAGCACUACGAAUUGUGAACCCGAGCCCAUACAUGACAUAUCUACAGGCUAGAGGCUGUGUCCUGGUAGCAUCCAGUCCUGAAAUUCUUACAAAAGUCCAGAAGGGAAAGGUUAUUAACAGGCCACUUGCUGGGACUACCCGAAGGGGCAAGACAGAGAAUGAAGAUAAAUUACAGGAGGAGCAACUAUUAAGUGAUCAAAAACAGUGCGCUGAACACAUUAUGCUUGUAGACCUGGGAAGGAACGAUGUUGGCAGGGUCUCCAAACCUGGAUCUGUGAAGGUGGAGAAGUUGAUGAACAUCGAGCGGUACUCGCAUGUCAUGCACAUCAGCUCGACGGUUAGUGGACAGUUAGAUGAUCAUCUCCAGAGCUGGGAUGCGCUGCGAGCAGCAUUGCCUGUUGGAACAGUCAGUGGAGCACCAAAGGUGAAAGCCAUGGAGCUGAUAGAUCAGUUGGAGGUCACAAGACGAGGACCAUACAGUGGUGGGUUAGGAGGAAUAUCAUUUAAUGGUGACAUGAUGAUCGCUCUUGCUCUCCGCACCAUUGUGUUCUCAACAGCUCCAAGCCACAACACGAUGUACUCAUACAAGAACUCAGAUAGGCGCCGAGAGUGGGUCGCUCACCUUCAGGCUGGCGCGGGCAUUGUUGCUGAUAGUGUCCCAGAUGACGAGCAAAAAGAAUGCGAGAAUAAGGCGGCUGCUCUAGCCCGGGCUAUUGAUCUUGCUGAGUCAGCUUUUGUAGACAAAGAAUAGAGCGCCUUCUCAUGAAGUUUUGUUAAUUUUUGUCCAUGGUAUCUUUACCAAUUUCAUGCUGGGAAGAAAGGUGUCAUCAGUCGGUUGGAGAAAAGCAAUAAGCUUAUGUUGUCAUGUAAAUUGAAUAAAUCUAGAACUAUAAUAAGAUUUUUUCGUUUAUAGGGAAGGUAGAUGCUUUUAGUGUGGGAAUUUUACAACUUUUGUUUUGGCUAAUUAUAAGGCUGACAUAGACUGGUGUCGUUGUUCCUCUAA